CUCUUCUGUGCAAAGCAAAAACUGUGCAAAACUGUCAACCGACCAAUGAUCCAAUCUAAAACGACGACAAUAAAUGUCGAAGUGUACGAAGUCACGCACUUGCCACUUGGCGACUUGUCACUUGUAGUUGCGAUACUGGGAUACUCGACUGAUAUUACGAACUCACCGUGGAUACUUUUAGGCGAAACACUCUCGCAUGCCUCCCUCGGCUGCUAUACAAAUUUUAAAAGAAGUACAACCCGCAUGCAGUUUUUUUAUAAGUGCUUAUUAUUUUUAUAAUAGCAGCUUUCUCAAGUUUCAACUUGUAAAUAAAUAAACUGUAAAAAAAUAACGGCAACGUUAAAAAGUUAUACAAAAAUAACGGAAAUAUACGAGGACUUCGCCAGUCUCAUGAGGUUGAGGGCCUGUCGCAGCGCUAACCCCCCAUGCAGCCGCGGCUUUCGCAAUGCGGACCUGCUAGGGGGCGCCUACGUCAUAUUUAUCAACCUAUCACUGUUUUUGUUUGGGUUUUCAGUUUUCAAAAUUUCUCGAUCUCACGUAUUCUCACUUUUCAAAUAUUCUUCAUACUUUUAAUGGCGCACUUGCGAUUCCUAGUUAAUUUGUAUUUACCAGUGGUCAACAAGUCAGGAAGUGGAUAGUUUUCUCUGCUCUAGGUUUUCAUUCCGGAUGCGAGGGAAUUAAUUGUUACAUUUACAAGUCAGGAUGCCUGGCAAAGUCAAGAGUGCUGAUAUUGCAAUGACAACGAUUGAUGGUACUCCUCCAGCCCCAGUCGCGGUUCCCGACCCGAAACCCCUCAAUUUGGCUGAUUAUGUGUUUGUGGCCAAGAUGGAUAACAUCAAGUCCGUUGUGAAUAUAUUGAAAUGUAUUCAGAUUCGCGAGUUCGCUACGUUACAUAUCACGGAACGCGGGAUUCACGUUACUGUGGAAGACGUUGGAAGUUUCCAGGGAAGUACUUACCUGAAGAAAGAGCUGUUUAGUGGAUAUCACCUAACGAAAGCUGCCAUCAACUUCAAGAUCAAAAUCAAAACCCUGGUUGAAUGCAUGCAGAUGUGUAUGAGCCCUGCGGAUACAACGGGAAGACUGACGUACCAGGGCGCUGGACGGCCCUUUUCGGUUCUGCUGUCGGAGGCCGGUGCCCGGCAUUUUACCGAAUGCAAGAUUAACACACUGGAGGGCGGGAGGGAUGAUGUGUUCCCCUUUCACACUGACGAUCUCGUCUGCCGCAUCAUCUCCACUGAUGAAUGUAUUCGUGAUGCAUUUACCACGCUUCUCGCCUUUCCUAUUAAUUCCUUCGAGAUCUCCGUGCGCAAUACCUCGGCAAACUUGACAUUGAAGACGACAUCCGACAACGUUAUUUCAGAAGUAAUCAUCGAUAAAGAUUCGGAUUUGGUUGAGUCUUUUGUCUGCAUCAAAGAAGGCACCUACAGAUACAGGCCCAAAUUGAUGAAAAACGCUAUUAAACCACUGCAGAUUGCCCAGAAAGUAUCGCUGCGCAUUGACGAUACCGGCACUAUUUUGCUGCAGUUUAUGGUCAAAACGGACACCGAUGUUGACUGCUUUGUUGAACUUUUUUGCGCUCCUGAACUUGAUCUGGACGAAGACAUCUGAAACUGGUCUGAGACGAAAGUGAUUGGUAGUUUGGACUUGCAAAAGAUCGGCAGUUUGAAAUUGAUUAUUUGUAGCCAGAAUGACCUCUGGACUACACUUUUUCGGGAAAGUGUUCGGAUUUGACAGUGGAGCAAGGCGGCUUGUGUUCUGGAUAACCGUCGCGAUCCGGUGUUUCCGUUAUUUUGAAUUCUGUUUUUAUGCUGAACUGAACAACCUUCGCGCUGGUUCGUGGUUUUCUUUGCCGUACAUCGAAAAUGAUGUUUCUAAUUUUUGGUUGGACAGUGUUUUUGCACUAAUUCCUGUAUGGUACUAGUAUUAUUUAUGAAAUGUGUAACCAAGAUAUAUAGGGUUACCCUAUAUACCUUGAUGUAACUAAAAUGGUUGUGUUACUUGUUUUGAUAAUUCCGCCGCUGUUGCUUCCCACUGGAAAUAGAUCUUUGGCAUAAAAUAACUACGGAAAGUAACAAAUGUCUUUAAUUCUCAAGUUAUCGAUGUUGUUACUGUCGCAGCUGUGCACAAUCAGU